AUCGGUAAAAAAGUGUGUCAAAACUUGUAAACCUUAUCAACUUUACUGUGAACAACUACCGAGAAUACUAAUGUUUUUAAUUGUCUUUUUCACUACUGUUGUCAGUUGUGCUUUGAAGCUAUUAGUGCCAGUCUUUUAAAAGUUGCCCAAAGGUAAGAAAAUAGAAAGACAAACAGGGAACAAUGUCAAUUAUUUCAUUUCGAUGGCCGUACGCCAAAAGUGGAAUGCGUGCCCAAUGUGACACGCCAGCGAAAAUUUUCUGACACGUGAAGAUCAGGGCUUAAUUUUUUUUUAAAAGAAGAUACAUCAACACUUUGAAAUCAAAUAUAUUUCAAGAAUCACCAAAGUAAUAUCUUAAGUUUAAGAACAAGGUUGUUUUAACGUUUAUUUGUGUUUUAAAGCGUUUAUCAUUUUAGCAUUAUUUAUAUUAUAUUUGUUUUAUUAAAAUAAAUUUAUUACAUUAAUACUUUAUUAAUAGUAAUUAUUAACAGUAACUUUGCUUGCCUGAUUGGCAUUGUCUCAUUAAAUAAUUGAAUAAAGGCUAACAAAUAGUAUUAGCAAGAGUUCUUUCAACUGAUUCAACUAAUAGGCCUACUUAUUGCCUGGAACUAAUAACUUUUGCAGGCUUUUCAUUGCAAAAUUCUAUCUUUCAUCUUAAAAUUAAAAUGUUAUCACCCAAUUUUACAUUUAUUCCAUUUUACUCAAACUUAAAAAAAAACAAAAAAACUAACGAAAAUUAUUCUAACAUUAACAUUAACUUGAAAUAUUAAGCUAUAGCUCGCACUAUAUAAGAUAUUUGUAAAAAAUAUUUGAGAGUGAUUUUAAAUUAAUUGAAAAGGUUUCCCCAAUGCUUAAACAACAGAAAGAAAGUAAUAAUAUUUAAAAGUAAAAGUUCCCCCUUUUGUUUGUGUGGCAUGAGAGAAUAUUCUUCUAGAAAAUUUUGUCAUUUGAAAGUUUGCCCUCAUGUGGGCUUUGCCCCAGCCAAGCAAAUAUAAUUAAAUAUGGCAAGAAACAUAUCAUCACUUGCUGACAGCAAAGUAUGUCCAUGUUUCUUUGAUUCGCAUAAAAAAGUAGUUAUCAAUAAGCAAAUACAAUCAAUAAAAUCACAUACCAGGUACCUGUAUUCAUUUGAUGUAAUUGUGGACUUAUUAUUUUAAAUAAUUAUAUCUCACUGCAUGAAAAUUUCAUUGUUUAAAUCAAAGAUUAAAUUAUUAAAAAUAAAGAUUUCAUUUCUUUAAUAUUUCAGCCUUGUCAUGGCUGAACCACAAAUAAAGAAAUCGAGAUUGAGUGAUCAUGGAAGUGGAAGAAGCUUUCAAGAGGUCUGGACUGAGAAGUAUGGUGUUGUUGAAAGCAACGGCAAAGCAUUGUGUCUAUUGUGCCAUGUAACAGUAGUAAGCAGAACAUGGAAUGUGAAAAGACAUUUUGAAACAAAUCAUCGAUGGCUUUUGGAAAAAAAUGAAGAAGAGAGGAAGGAAUACAUUUUUCAUCAGCUGCAAGAAAAAAAGCAUGAACCAAAUAUUUUCCUGAAAUUCUUAAAAGUUCCUACAAAUUUAACUUCAGCAAGUUUUUGUAUUGCUCAUUCCAUAGCUCAGCAUGGGAAGGCUCUCAAUGAAGGAGAAUUUAUUAAAGAAACUCUACUGAAAUGUGCACCUCUUCUAUUUCAAGAUAUGAUAAAUAAAGACGCUAUCAUUCAACGUAUUUCUGAUUUACCAGUCAGCAGAAAUACCAUUAAAGACAAUAUGAUGACAAUGAUCUUUGAUGUACAACAACAACUAAUAGGAGACUUAAAUCAAUGUCAGUUUUUUUCCAUUUGUCUUGACGAAACCGCUGAUAUCACCUCAUCAGCUCGAUUGGCUGUCAUUACCAGAUUUUAUAAUGGUCAGACUAUGAGAGAGGAGCUAGUAAAACUAGAAAAAAUGCCAAUAAGUACAUCAGGGUAUGAAAUAUGCAACGUUGUAAUAAAAAUAUUCAAUGACCUAGGCAUUGAUAUUUCCAAGGUUGUGUCUGUGCUGACAAAUGGAGCACCCAAUAUGGCAGGAAACAAUGGAGGAUUUGUGAAAUUAUUUAUGGAAUCUAUUGGACACCCAGUUGUGCCCUUUCAUUGUAAUAUUCAUCAGGAAGUGCUAUGUGCCAAUUUAGGGGUGAAUGAACUACAAGAUGUGCUGACAACCGUAACAAAAAUAGUCAAUUUAAUAGCCUCCAGGCCUUUUCAGAAACAAGAAUUUGUUGUACUAUUGCAAGAGGUUGAAUUAACAUACAGUGGGCGUCUAAUGCACAACAAUUUAAGGUGGCUAAGUAGAGGAAAGGUUCUUGAAAUAUUUGUGCACUGCUAUGAAGAAAUUAAGUCAUUCAUUGAGAAUAAAAAUAUUGAACAGUUUCCUCAGCUCAGUGAUGUUGAAUGGGCCAGCAACCUUAUGUUCUUUACAGACCUCUCGGUUCAUAUGAAUGAGCUGAAUUUAAAGUUACAAGGUUUUGGUAAAAGUAUUGACAUUACAUUAGGUUAUGUAAAAGCUUUUGAAACUAAACUUCAGAUAUUCAAACGAGAUGUGGAGACUAAAACCUAUAAAUAUUUCCCUCGACUCAAGAAGUAUUUUGAUGAGGUAAAUUCAGGUGGGCAAAAUGAAAUGGAGCCCUUGCUUGUGAAAUACCUGCACAUUUUAAACUCAAUAAUUGAUCAGUUUGGUGAAAGAUUCAAUAAAUUUAGAAGCUUGGAACAGACAUUCAAAAUAAUUAAAUAUCCUGAUGUAGUUGUUUACACUGCUAUGGACCUUGAUGAUUUUCAAUGGCUGCCAAUUGAAGAAUUAGAACUGCAGUUGGCAGAGUUCCAGUCCAGCAAUUGGACAACAGUCUUUGUUGACUUGAGGUCUCAACUUGAAGAUUUGGAAAGGAAUUGCCAGCUGAAUGAAGAGAGCUACUCUGAACAAGAAAUUUUGAAUGCAUGGAGCAGAAUCCCAGACAGUUUUAGUGCCCUGAAAGUCUUAGCAAUGGCUUUACUCACAAUUUUUCAUUCUACUUAUUCUUGUGAGACCUUAUUCUCAGCUUUAAACAACAUCAGAGUGGACAAUAGAAGUAGAAACUUGCUGACUGAGGACCUCAGUGAUGCAUGCAUGGGCUUGAGGUGUACCAAAUAUAUACCUUCCAUUUCAGAGUUAACAAUCAAAUCUCAGGAAUAAAAUGAAAAAUUAUGAUGAUCCAAAUGUCAUGCAAACUUGUUCUCCUUCUAGUUUAGUUCAAAUUCCAAACUCUAUUACAUUACAUUACAAUUUUAAAAUUAACUAAGAUGCAUUUUUAGUGCAAUAUUUUAAUUUCAAACUAUCAGUAUGUUUACCUUUAUACAGCUUCUUAUAAUCUAACUAUAGUAUAAACCUUUGAAAUAACAUUGUUACUGUAUAUUUAGUACAUGAUCCUAACCUAUCCUUUUGUUUUACGAAAGAUAAGUACUAACAUAUUGUACUGCAUGGUUCUGUCUGUUUUAAGUCAGUAUUACCAGAAUAUUUUAGUAAAUAUUAAAAUAGUACUUCUUUUCCUGUAGGCCUAUGUCCUAGAAUGUUGAUGAUGGUGUUGUCAUUCAUUGGA